UCCGGCAGAGUGUGGCGGAAUCACCGAGGCACUUCCGGCAGUGGGUCAAAGUGCAGAGAUCUCGCUGUCAGUAGGCUCUCUCCUAGAAUCCAGCAGUGUCCGGUGUGACACAUAGCCCCCCUCUUAUCCCGGCAUGUUUUGGGGGCAUGCCGCGUUGGACGGUUCACUUGGAGGGGGGUCCACGCAGGGUGAAUCAUGCUGCAGUGGCCAUGGGACAUCAGGUGUUUUCUUUUGGGGGUUACUGCUCAGGAGAGGACUACGAAACUCUGCGUCAAAUCGAUGUGCAUGUCUUCAAUGCAGUGUCCCUGCGAUGGAGGAAACUACCGCCUGCGUCCUGCUCUCCGUCCAAGGUUCCAUACAUGAGGUAUGGACACACAGCUGUAUUGAUCGAUGAUGUCAUUUACAUCUGGGGUGGCCGUAAUGACACUGAAGGGGCCUGUAAUGUCCUUUACACUUUUCACACAGCUACCUUGCAGUGGGCAACCCCAUCUGUUUCUGGACAGAUUCCUGGAGCACGUGAUGGGCACUCUGCUUGUGUCCUGGAUAGAACCAUGUACAUCUUUGGAGGCUAUGAGCAGUUGGCUGAUUGUUUCUCCAAUGAUAUCCACAAACUGGACACCAAAUCCAUGUGCUGGUCACUAGUGAAUGCCAGGGGAUCUCCUGCGCGGUGGAGAGAUUUUCAUUCUGCCACGGUGAUUGGGCGUCGGAUGUUUGUAUUUGGAGGACGUGCAGACCGAUCUGGUCCUUUUCACUCCAACAAUGAGAUCUACUGCAACAGAAUCCGUGCCUUUGAUCUAUUGUCUGAGAGCUGGUUAGAACCUCCCCAAACAACCUCCCCACCUGAAGGGCGGAGGAGUCACUCAGCAUUUGCAUACCAUGGAGAACUUUACAUUUUUGGAGGUUAUAAUGCUCGUCUGAACCGCCACUUUCAAGAUCUCUGGAAAUACAACCCAGAGUUGGGACAUUGGCUCCGUGUGGAUGUUCAAGGAAAGGGCCCUUGUGCCCGACGUAGACAGUGUUGUUGCGUUGUGGGAGACAAGAUACUGCUCUUUGGGGGGACCAGCCCAUCUCAAGAUCAGGAUCUCCAGGAUGAGUUUUUUUUGAUGGAUCAUUCUGACCUGUAUAUUCUGGACUUUAGUCCAAGUUUGAAGACUUUAUGUAAACUGGCUGUAUUACAUUAUAAUCUGGACCAGUCCUGUUUGCCCCAUGAUAUUCGGUGGGAGCUCUCUGCAAUGACAACAAACAGUAACAUUAGCCGACCUCUGCUCUCCUCACAUGGAUAAGAAAGGCAUAUUCCUCAUUGUGUGAAUACUCUGUCCUCACACGCGUGCCAAUUUGGUUUUCAUUUGCACCUAGGCUGCAGACCUACACAUACGAUGUGGACAUUAAAGGCAUCUAUAGGAAAAUGGAGCUGACCUACAGAACUGGGCACAAACUGGGACAUGCCAAGUACACCCUGACUGCCAUGACCAUAUAUAUACACACACUCACUCACUCCCACUCCCACUCCCAAAUGUGAAUUAUCUGGAUUUCAAAGUGAACUUUAAAUUUGCACAUACACAUCUACACCCUGCCUGGUAUAGCAAGAUCCCUCUUGCUAUGUUUCACAUAUUUGUUUUUGGUUGGUUUUUUCCCUAUGACUUGCAUCAAUGUGAAUGACACAUGCACCCGAUCCAUACAUGCAGACUGACUGGAAGGCAAACCCUGUUUGAAAUCAAAUUGCCACGUGUGCACUAGGAUAUCCGUCCACACCUGCCCAGCACCUUGGAGCAAACACAGAACCACUUCAACUACCCUCUGUAGUGACACUGCACCUAAUGGGUUAAAGGAGCAAAACACUUUUUAUAAACAGAAAUAAAAAUAUAUAAAGUUGUGUCUUGAUAUGUGAAUGUGGCAAGUUAGCCAAAAUAAAUCACGGUCAGUUCAUCAAUAGGUGCAUCCUCUGGGAGUGAAACAAAUCAGUGACAACGAUCUGAGAAAAAGUGAGCUGAUCAAAGUCAGAGGAUACAGAAAUUGUCUCUUCAUCAUGUAAAUGUCAGAUAUUUUUUAUGAAAACAGAAAAGUCACACCCAAAAGAACA